ACCCAAUCAACGUCUGGAGCGUAGGCACCACCUAUCAUGGUUCCCUGCUGCGGUUGUUGUGCGCCUGGGGCUGCGAGUUGGCUCGGGUCUAGAUGCGCGGGGCUCCGCAGGGCUUGAGGCCGGGUUCUAACCUGGCUUCUCGGGAUGUCGGUGGCCUUCGUACCGGACUGGCUGAAAGGCAAGGCGGAAGUCAAUCAGGAGACGAUCCAGCGGCUCCUUGAGGAGAAUGACCAGCUCAUCCGCUGUAUCGUGGAGUAUCAGAACAAAGGCCGGGCGAAUGAGUGCGUCCAGUACCAGCAUGUGUUACAUAGAAAUCUCAUUUAUUUGGCUACUAUUGCAGAUGCCAACCCAACCAGCCCUUCAAAACCAAUGGAAUAAUCUUUCAGCUGGCUGUCAUGAGGAAUAAUUGAGUAUAAUCCAUUUCCUAUGAAGUAGAGACAGGAUCUUUACCAACUCAACUGCUUGAAACAUGAAUGAGACAAACGUCUGUGGCUCUUUUAAAAAUGUGAGCAUGUGAAGAAAGCUACUAAAUGAACUGUAUUCUCAGUGUAUUUACUUUAAUAAUUAAGCAGAUUAAGAUGAAUCCAGAUGUCUUCUUUCCUGAAAUAGGCAUGUUUGGAUAACAAAAGUAUCAUGGGCAUCUUCAAUUCUACUUCUCAGUUUCAGCGUAAAGAGGAAGCUGAGUAUAUGUUGGGCAAUCAACAGGAAUUGACAAGACUCCUAAUCGAGGCCCUGCCGAAUGGAUAUGUGACUAUGUGCUCCCUUCUACCAGUUUGUAGUUAUGAACCUGACCUUUUUUUCAGGUUGUUUUGAAAUAAAGCUCUCCUUUCCAUGAAAGACCCCUA